AUGGGUGAAUACAUUGAGCCCAGUGCGACCCCUUGGGUUGGCGAAGGGUGGAGGAAACCACAUGAUGAUGGCUGGUCCGACUACAUGGCCUUACCCAUGCUUCCCGAUAUAAGACACGACGAACUUCUCGCUCUGGCUUGGAUCCUUAUUCUAUUUCGGGGGACAGUGAACAGUGAGGACGGAGGCUUUUCUUAUAUAAAAAAGAGCAGCAUCCAGAGCAGUCUCAUCUCCGAUGUGAUCGAGGGGGAAGGCAGCUCGCUGAGAUCUGCUUUGGAAGCAAUCCGAAGGUGGGGUCAAUUCGAGGGGGAAUUAUCGGAUACACUCUUGUGUCAGAAUGCCUGCCUUGAGUCUAAAUGUACAUUUUCUCUGGAAGCAAGGCUCUCGCGUGAUGUUUUGUAUAUUCGGGGGACUCCUCAGUCCCUGACAGCCACACAGCCCGUCAAAGCCGUUCUACCUCAUAUCUUCGCCGACAUCAUUCUUUCCAUCGCAAGUGACCUUGAUCAGCCACUUGUCAAGGCCAUCCAGGUUGGACGGCGAGAGCUGUUGCAAUUAUGGAAGUGGAACGGGCCAAUGCCUCCCACCAUCGAUCAUUGUAUCCAAGAUAUAAUCAGCGAAAAAGCUCAAGGCCAACUCGAUCGACCCGCAGUCGUCUCUUGGGAUGGAGAGAUGACAUAUAGGCAGCUAGAAGAGCGCUCAACAAACCUAGCUAGGCAUCUUGUUGAUCUGGGACUGAAAACUGGCAAAGCGGUUCCACUCUGCUUUGAAAAGUCCAUGUGGACAAUUGUUGGUGUCCUUGCAGUAAUGAAGGCCGGCGGUGCAUUGGUUCUCAUGGACCCCAGCCAGCCCGAGGGACGACUGAGCACCAUCGCCAGCGAGGUCGAGGCUGGUUUUAUCUUGACCUCGGAGUUGCAGGGAGAGCUUGGUUCACGCAUUGUCCCAGACGGAAAGCAAGUUAUUGUUAGUGCGCUGAUCGACCAGGAAGCCUUUAAAUCACUGCCUGUGGAUCUACCUGUGGUUCCAGCAUCGUCAACCAUUUACAUUCAGUUCACCUCCGGCAGUACUGGGAAGCCCAAGGGUGUGGUCAUCUCACACUCCAACUACACUAGCGGUGCAGUACCUCGUGCCGUAGCUGUGGGAUACAAAGAGCACUCGCGGGUGCUUGACUUCCCUUCGUAUGCAUUCGACGUCAGUGUUGACUGCAUGUUGUGCACUCUUGCCAACGGCGGCUGCAUUUGUGUACCUUCAGAAGACCAGCGAGUCAAUGACCUUAGCGGCGCAAUUCGUGAAAUGAGGGUGAACAUGGCGCACAUGACACCAUCGGUCGCGCGUGUGUUGGCUCCUGAUAUCAUGCCCUCGCUGGAGGUCAUCGGUCUUGGUGGUGAGGCAAUUUCUGCCAGCGAUGCGGCCGAAUGGGGCCAGAAGACAAAGAUCGUAAUCGCAUAUGGCCCAUCGGAGUGCACUGUUGGUUGCACGAUCAACAACAAUAUCCCUCCUGGCCAAUCAUACACUAGCAUCGGACAGGGAGUCGGAGGCACGACAUGGGUGGUAGAUCCAUCUAAUCAUGACCGAUUGAUGCCAAUCGGUGCCGUGGGAGAGCUGCUUAUCGAAGGCCCCGUCGUUGGCGAUGGAUAUCUCAAUAAUCCAGAGAAAACCGCCGAGGCUUUUAUCAAGGACCCAGCAUGGUUGGUUGAGGGUGGAGGGGAUGUGCUAGGUCGCAAGGGCCGUCUCUACAAGACCGGUGACCUCGUAAGAUAUGACCCUGAUGCCUCAGGUAGCGUUGUUUUUAUCGGCCGUGCCGACCAACAGGUGAAGCUGCGCGGCCAGCGUGUGGAACUGGGUGAAAUCGAGCAUCACGUCCGAAAUUAUUUCCCCGCUGGAGCAAGUGUCGCAGCAGAAGUGAUUUUUCCUGGAGGAAAGAAAUCUGAUGCCACACUGAUUGUCUUUGUGGCUGAAGAAAAGAGUGAAAAGACGGGCACAAUCUGCGAGAUUAUCUCAUUUUCGAGUUCAUUCCAAAAGCUGGUCGCUGGUAUUGACGAUGCUCUCGCGAAAAACCUGCCCCGGUAUAUGAUCCCCACUGCAUAUAUACCACUCAAUCACAUACCACUUCUGGUAUCACUCAAGACAGACAGGAAGCAACUGCGUGCUCUGGGGAAUGACUUAACAAGGCGACAUAUUGCAGAGCUUAGAUUGUCCACAGUUCUCAAAUUAGCACCCCGGACAGAGAUGGAGCGCAAGCUUCAUAGCCUAUGGUUGAAGCUAUUUGGCGAUGAGGCAGAGAUUGGGGUCAAUGACCACUUCUUCAGCCUCGGGGGUGACUCGUUGAAAGCCAUGAAGUUGGUUGCUUCUGCACGAGAGCAAUUGCUUGCUGUACAAGUCACUGAUGUUUUCCAAUCACCCGUUCUCGAGGACCUGGCCCUAAAAUUGAAAGAGAUUGACAACAAAGCUCCGCUGGAUGUUCCUGCAUUUUCGCUACUUCCAGUAAGCUGGGAGGCCGAUGCUGCACGGGUCGAAGUGGCUUCGUUGUGCAACUUGAAUCCAGACGAGGUGACUGAUGUGUAUCCAUGUACACCUCUCCAAGAAGCGCUCAUGGCCCUCUCCGCGAAAUAUACAGAUGCCUAUGUAGCGCAGAGAGUUAUUGAGCUCCAGGAUGUUCAAACCGCCAGACGACUACAAGCUGCUUUGGAGCGUGUCUCAGCAGAGUCUGCGAUCCUACGAACAAGAAUUGUUCAAGUCCCACGUCGGGGUUUGAUGCAAGUCGUUGUACAAACCAAUACUCCAUGGCUCCACAGCUCCAACUUGACAGAGUAUCUGGGCACUGAUACACUCAAGGGGAUGUCUCUAGGAACUGACCUUGCUCGUUUCGCUAUUGUGGACGAUGAGACAACCAGCAAAACCUCUAUCGUCCUGAGCAUUCACCAUGCACUUUAUGAUGGCUGGUCAAUGCCAUUGAUAGUUGACAGAGUUAAUGGCGCCUAUCGUGGUGAGGAUAUUGGCAGCCCAGCACCGUUCAAGAACUUCAUCAAGUGGCUCAGGGACACGGAUCAAGUCUCCACAGAGAAAUACUGGGAGACUCAACUCGAGGGUGCUACAACGCUACAAUUCCCUCUCAUUCCAUACACCGGGUAUCAAGCGCGUGCCGAUUCCCUGCUGGAACAUUAUGUCAAGCUGCCACGAGCUUCAUCCAGCUCCACAACGAGUAUUGCAACCACUAUUCGAGCUGCCUGGGGUCUUUUAGCCGCGCAUUACACAUCUUCUGACGACGUCGUAUUUGGAGAGACGAUGACCGGUCGCACAGCUCCCGUGGCAGCGGUGGAGGAGAUCGAGGGCCCGAUGAUCACCACUGUCCCAGUCCGGGUUUGCAUCGAUCGCAAGGCUCGAGCAUCAGGCUACCUUCAGCAGAUCCAUGACCAAACGGUAGAUCGCAUUCCCCACGAACACAUGGGUCUGCAGCACAUUCGACGUCUGAACGCCGAUGCUCGAGAGGCAUGUGAGUUGCGCACAGGCAUUGUAAUUCAUCCAACAGUCGAAGAAAGCAUGUCCUCUUCGAAAGAAGAGCCAGCUACCGCAUUUGUUCCAACCAGCGAGGCAGAGGCUGCCCGCGAGGCAUUAAAAUUCAACUCAUACGCCCUUAUGCUUGUGUUCACCGUUGAUACAAAUGGGUUCCUUAUCAUGGCUAGCUUCGAUUCGAAGACCAUCGAUGUCCCACAGAUGGAGCAAGCGCUCAAACAGUUUGAUCGGCUGGUGCAGCAGAUCCUCGAGGAUCCGACUCAGCGGAUUCAGCACAUAUACGAUUCUGCGAUUGAGAGAGAUCUUACAGAACAAUACGGUCUGGCCAAGAGUGGCCCGGCGAGCCUCCCUACCGAGGAGCUUUACUCGUCUGUCACAUCUACUUGGAUCGUGAACCCAAACGAGCAUGAGUGUCUUGUACCAUCUGGGGGGCUGGGUGAGCUGCUUGUUGAAAAAGAAGGCGGAUUGAACUCCAGCAAUUUAGUUGCCAACCCAACCUGGUUCGAGCAUCCAACCAAGUUGUACACAACAAACCAGCUGGCGAAAUAUACCAGUGAUGGCUCUGUCAUUAUUAUUCGUGCAAAGGAUGCGCAGGUCGGUCAACUCCAGCCCCGAAACAAAGACCUUCAUGGAUGUCAAGCCAUUACGACGGUCACGCAAAAAAAGCUCCAACGGGUCUGGAGCCAGGUCUUGGACAUUCCCUGUGAGGAUAUUCUUCUGGAUGACAGCUUCUUCGAUUUGGGGGGUGAUUCCAUUCGUGCUAUGAAACUGGUCUCGGAGGCUCGUAUGGAUGGCCUUCACCUAACUGUUACCACAAUUUUCAAUCACCGGUCUCUGUUUGACAUGGCUGAGCACACAGUGGAAGCUCAACCAUCAGUCGUGACAUCCCAGGAUUAUGCGCCAUUCAGCUCACUUGAUGUAACCGACGUAAAUGCGUUCAUCAACAAGAUGGCCCCGUUGCUUGCUCAGCCUGAGUGGAAGAUCGUGGAUGCUUAUCCAAGUCGCCCGCUCCAGGAAAUUGCGAUCCAUGGAACUGUCCAGCUACCUCGAUAUUCUAUGAGAUACGAACUGUUCUACAUGGAUACCGUGGUAGAUCGCACCAAACUGUUCCAAAGUUGCCAGGAACUUGUCUCUCGAAAUGAGAUCCUUCGAACUGUGUUCAUGGACCACGAGGGGGUCUCAUUGGGAGUGGUUGUCGAUGACCUUCCCUGCCAGAUAAUUGAAUAUGAGAUUGAAAGUGACGUGAAAGCGUUCAGCCAGAAACUCUGCGAUGUGGAUGUUCAGUCACGCGUUCCUCUCGGAUCACCAUUUUUGAAAUUCUUCUUCGUUCGACAUGUGGACGGGCGCAGCAGCUUGAUCAUGCGAAUUUCCCAUGCCCAAUACGAUGAGAUCUGUCUUCCGAUUUUGCUGCAGCAGCUAUCGGCAUUAUAUGAAGGACGACCGGUACCGAAGAGUUUGCCAUUCUCUUCGUAUGUCAACCAUGUGACUCGCACUAAUCUGCCAGUCAGCAUUCCGUACUGGCGUGAUCUCCUUCAAGGGUCGUCUAUGACACGGAUUCAACCCGAUAUCCCUGUGGUGUCUGCAGCUCAUUUUGCCAUUUCCAAGGAUGCCAAUAUAGCCGCACGGCCACGGGAAAUCACAGUUGCAACCCUCCCUACAGCGGCUUGGGCGCUGUGUCUUGCGCGACGCCUCUCCCUCGAUGACGUCACUUUUGGCGAGGUGGUGAGUGGUCGCAAUAUUGACCUACCCAACGCGGAUGCGAUUGUUGGACCGUCGUGGCAGUAUGUUCCGGUGCGAGUGAAGUUUGCAGAUGAAUGGAGUGCCAUGGAUCUUUUGCGGUUUGUCCAGCGACAACAUCUCGAGAGCGCGCGAUUCGAAGGAAUCGGUCUUAAAGAAAUUAUCAAGGACUGCACCGACUGGCCGGAGACCGUUGACUGGUUUGAUUCGGUCGUGCACCAGGACGUGGAGCACGUUGAGGAUCUGUCUUUCAUGGCAGCUAGUAGUCGCAUGCAGACUAUCUACCCGCAUUUCGAGCCGUUGCGGGAGAUCAAAGUGCAAGCAUUUCCAAAGGGGGAUACUCUGUGCAUUGAAGUUGUCACUGUUCAGUCCUGGUCGGCCUUUGCUGUGUCGUUGCUGGAUGAGAUAGUCGACACUGUUGAGCAGUUGACGAAUCGGGUCCACUCCAGAAUUUUAUAG